GACAUUAAAGGAUUAGAGCAUAACUAAUGCACUGCAGGAUUACAGACAAACGGGAGCAGAGACAGAAAAUAACUGCGAGAGAGCUAGAUAAAAGGCCUGCAGCUAAAGAGAGAGAAUCACAGCGACUGAGCGACUGAGCGACUGAUUCAAAUCCUACAGAAAUUAAAGAUUAAGGCUCCAGAACACUGCAUCCUGCAUGGCACGCUCAGGUGAAGACACGCUCACAGUGAUGAAUAUAGAGAGGAUUAUCGAGUGUAUCAGAGAGGACGAUCAGAAAGGACUGAGGGCAGAACUACAGCAAUUUAAUCGAGAGUAUGCACAGUGUUUCUUCUAUGAUUUGGAGGAGAGGGAGAGAAGAAAAUUCCGAAAGAAUAAAGUGCGGGAUUAUGUGUCAGACUCAGAUUCAGACUAUGAUGAAUCCAGCAGCCCAGAAGUCAUUUUGAGACAGGUAACCUUGACUCUUAUAAAAACAAAUACACACCUAAACCUAAUUUUAAAACCAGUUUCUGCCUUUGUUUCAUUUGUUUCAAUCCCCCAGGCUCUGGCUACGGUUUUGAUCAGGUUCCUCCAGACUGAACCGCAAGGGCGUGUGCUGAAAGCAUGCCUGAGAUCCUUACGGAUUCUCUCAAGGGACAAAAAGGUUUUGGGCCCUCUGAUCACUGACAGAGCGCUUCUCACUCUAGCACACCUGGGCGGCAUCAGCAACGCACCCGUUCCCAAAGAAGACACCGACGGUGACGCUGACCCCUAUAAUGACAUCAUCGAGGCUAUUUCUGAGAGCAAAUUGGGUCGAGCGGACGAGGAUGAUCACGGUGGCGAGGAAGACGACGGUUCUGGGGCCGUAUGCAGUGAUGUGAAUGACCCUGUGGUCUGGGUCCAGAGCAAUUGGUGUGGCGAUCGCAAGGCCAGCACGUUUUCAAACAUGAGCCUCGGACCUUCUCGCAGGAGGAGCAGCGUCUUCAAAGCUCUCACGCCUGGUAAAAGAGACAGCAGAGGAAGCCUGGGAGAAGGAGAGGAAGAGGAGGAAAAAGAAGAAAAGGUCGAUGAUGAAGUCGACAGGAAGGAAGUCAUGAAAAUCUUCUGUAACAUUGUUUACAAUAGUGCUUGGGCACAAGAGAGAGCCAGCGAACUCAGUCUCCUCUGUGGUCUGACAGAAAAGCUAAAUAAGGAGUUUCAGUCCACAUCUUCUCCUUGUGGUCAGUUUUACACACUUCGGUUGAUGUUUUUACUGACAGCGUUGAGACCUGAACUCAGAGCACAGCUGAAACAAGAGGGAGGAGUGCCGCUGUUGACCACAGUGCUGGAGAAGAGUUUAUCAGUACAGUGGAAGGAAGAGUACGAGGUCGUGCUGGAUCCUACAGCGCCUCCUAUAAGUGUGGAGGACUCACAGCAGGCUCAGGAGGCCCUCAAGAUCCUUUUUAAUAUCACACACAGCACACACACUCAGGAACCUGAAGAGGGAGAUGCGUCUCUCUAUCGCCACCUGGCUGCAGUUUUGCGUCACUGUCUGAUGGUGUCCUGUGAGGAGGAGGAAGCUGCAGAUGAGUUAAAGGGGCAUGCAGCGAAUAUGCUGUCUGCUCUCCCGUUGAGCUGUCUAGACGUUCUGGUAUCUGUGCCUCUGGCUCCAGACUCACACCAGAUGAAUGGAGCCAACAUGGACUGUGUGCACAACCUGCUCAUGUACAUGGAGAGAAAACUGGAGCAGGGUGAAAAGGUCAAAGAGAGACUGACCCCUGUGCUGAAUUUACUGACCGAAUGCUCCAGAGCUCACAGAGACACAAGACACUACCUCAGACAACAGAUCCUGCCUCCAUUAAGAGAUGCCAGCACUAAACCUGAGGAGGGAAACACCUUGAGGAAUCGUCUGGUCAGACUGAUGACACACCUGGACACUGAGCUCAAACACUGCGCUGCUGACCUGCUCUUCGUGCUGUGCAAAGAGAACGUGAGGCGUUUCGUGAAGUACUCUGGAUAUGGGAAUGCCGCUGGGCUCCUGGCCACUAGAGGCUUGCUAGGAGGUCAAAGGUCAAAGGCCACAUCAUCAGGCACACAGUACUCUAGCGAUUCGGACUCGGACACCGAGGAGUACCGUCAGAUUAAAGACCGAGUGAAUCCAGUGACGGGACAGGUGGAGGAGGAGCAGCCCGAUCCGAUGGAGGGAAUGACAGAGGAGGAGAAAGAGGAGGAGGCUCACCGGCUCAUCAGUCUUUUUAACAAACUCUCAAAGGAUAAUAUGAUUCAGCCAAUGGGAUUGAACGAAGAAGGUCAGCUGGUGCCGCUGUCGGAGCUCAGGAACCUUUCGGUGGAGCAGAAGAAAUCGGAGGAAGAACAUGAUGAUGACCUGGAGAACGUGGAGUAGAAACUGACUAGAUAAAAUAAUAAUAAUAAUUUAAUAUUAUAAUAUCUAGUUUUAACAGUUUAUCACAUAACCUCACCUGGACAUACCCUUAAAUAUUACCUGAAUAUAUCUAAUUAAUUAACGCACAACCGGUCUCAAAAGUUUGGAUCAAUAAGAUUUUUUUUUUAAAUAAACGAAUACUUUUAUUUAGCAUGGAUGCAUUAAAUUCAUCAAAAUUUGUAAUGUUACAGAAGGUAAAAUAUUAAAAUGUAUUUCAGUUUCCACAGAAAUAUUCAGCACAAAUGUUCUCAACACUGAUAAUAAACAGAAAUAUUUCUCAAGCAGCAAAUCAGCAUAUUAGAAUGAUUUCUGAGGGAACACAUGGCACUGAAGACUGGAGUAAUGAUGCUGAAAAUUCAGCUUUGAUCACAGGAAUAAAUUACAGUUUAAAAUAUUAAUAUAUUCAAAAUAACAUUAAGAUAGAAUAUUUUGAAUUGUACUAAUAUUCCACAAUUUUUACAGCAUUUCAUAAUCAAAGAAAGGCAGCCUUGGUGGGCAUAAGAUACUUUUUUU